CUCAACCACCCUUCUCUCUCUCUCUCUCUCUCUCUCUCUGAGCAAUGAAGACAAUGGCAAUGGCUCUACUACUUGUGCUUCAGCUGUGCUUCAUUUCCAUGGAGUUUGUUGAGUCCUCAUCUCAUCACUAUGAUCACAAGAUAGUUAGGCUUCCAGGACAACCCAGUGUGGACUUUCAACACUUUUCAGGUUAUAUUUCUGUGAGCGAUCAUCAGAAAAACCACAAAGCUCUAUUUUACUACUUUGCUGAAGCAGAAAAAAACCCAGCUUCAAAGCCUUUGGUCCUCUGGUUAAAUGGAGGUCCUGGUUGUUCUUCUGUUGGAGUAGGGGCUUUCUCUGAAAAUGGACCUUUUAGACCAGAUGGUCAAGUCCUGGUUAGAAAUGAGUACAGCUGGAAUAUAGAGGCUAAUAUGUUGUAUUUAGAGACACCAGUUGGUGUGGGAUUCUCUUAUUCUAGACAUAGCUCCAACGAUGUGGCAGUGGAUGAUGAAGCAACAGCCAGGGACAAUCUUGUAUUCUUACAACGCUGGUUCAACAAGUUCCCUCAAUAUAAGCACAGAGAUUUGUUUCUAACUGGAGAAAGUUAUGCAGGUCACUACAUCCCUCAACUUGCAAAGCUUAUGGUUGAAGCUAACAGCAAAGAGAAGUUGUUCAAUCUAAAAGGACUAGCUUUGGGUAACCCUGUCCUAGAAUUCGCCACCGACUUAAAUUCAAGAGCUGAGUAUUUCUGGUCUCAUGGACUAAUAUCAGACUCAACAUACAGAAUGUUCACUUCUGUUUGCAACUAUUCGCGCUACGUGAGUGAGUACUAUAGAGACUCGGUUUCACCUGUUUGUUCAAGAGUUAUGAACCAAGUGAGCAUAGAAACCAGUAAAUUUGUGGAUAAGUAUGAUGUCACUCUUGACGUCUGCAUUUCAUCUGUGCUCUCACAGUCAAAGGCUAUAAGCCCCAACCAAAUGACACAGAGGAUUGAUGUGUGUGUAGAAGACAAGAUUGUAAGUUACUUGAACCGAAAAGAUGUGCAGAAGGCUCUCCAUGCCAAGCUUGUAGGGGUUCGAAGAUGGGAUGUUUGCAGCGAUGAUACUAGCAUUUUGGACUACCAAAUGCUCGACCUGGAAAUCCCUACAAUCUCACUAGUUGGAUCUAUUGUCAAGGCCGGAAUUCCAGUGUUAGUUUACAGUGGAGAUCAGGAUUCUGCAAUUCCAUUGACGGGAAGCCGAACCUUGGUCGACAGAUUGGCAAGGGAGUUAGGACUGAACACCACUGUCCCUUAUAGAGUUUGGUUUCAGGGAAAACAGGUUGGUGGAUGGACUCAAGUUUAUGGGAACAUACUUUCAUUUGCAACCAUCAGAGGUGCCUCUCAUGAAGCUCCAUUCUCACAGCCUGAGAGAUCACUCAUGCUAUUCAAGUCAUUUCUUCAAGGCAGGGCUCUACCUCUAGUAUUCUGACACCCACUAUUAAGCUGGUGUGCAAGUUAAUCUGCAAGUCAUAUAUAUGCAUGACUGUUGAAGACAUGUUCCAAUUUGUGAGAUGUACAGUACGACAUUUUUGUUUAUACAAAUGCAAAAGGUGAUAAUAAAACUCUACUUUGUUUGAA